CUGUCGUGAAGCAGCGGGAGGAGAACGAGGGAAGAAGGAAGGGGGAGUCUAGGCCCGGCCCCCCCCCGGGCCCACGGGGAGUUGGCUCCGCGCCGCGCCCUUCUACUCCGCUCCCGCCGCAUCGGAGUCGGAGGCAGGAGGAGGCGGCGUUGCCGCCGCUGGCUAUGUAGGGGCCCAGGAGCGGGCCGAUCGGGAGGCCGCUGUCCGCCUCUGGAGCGCGGCGCCGGGGCCGGGGCCGGCGGGAUGUUCUCCAAGAAGCCGCACGGGGACGUGCGGAAAUCCACGCAGAAGGUGCUGGACACUCGCAAGGACCCGCUUACUCGCCUUAAGCACCUGCGCGUCCUCAUCGAGAAUGCAGAAUCAAUCGACCUCAAACAGUUUUUCGACCUACAUUUCUCACAUAUAUAUUAUGUGUUCUUUGAAAACUUUGUGACUAUUGAAGUAGGUCUUAAACAAAAAGGUCACAAAUCUCAGAGAGAAGAAUUAGAUUCUAUUCUUUUCAUUUUUGAGAAAAUUUUGCAGCUCCUUCCAGAAAGGAUUCAUCAGAGAUGGCAAUUUCAUAGCAUCGGGUUGAUUUUAAAGAAGCUUCUUCACACUGGAAAUUCAUUAAAGAUACGGCGAGAGGGUGUGCGUCUCUUUCUUCUGUGGCUGCAAGCGCUUCAGAAUAACUGUAGUAAAGAACAAUUAUGGAUGUUCUCUUGCUUGAUUCCCGGAUUCUCAUCACCACAGUCUGAAUAUGGCCCCCGAACACUAGAUAAUCUCAUUAACCCUCCGCUCAAUGUUCAAGAAACUCAAGUGACAAUAGAGGAAAUCACUCCACUUGUUCCUCCCCAAUCAGGAGAUAAAGGGCAAGAAGAUUUAACAAGCUAUUUUUUAGAAGCACUUUUGAAAUACAUAGUAAUUCAGGUUAAGAGUUUAGAAUGGAAGAACAAAGAAAACCAGGAAAAGGGAUUUUCAUUUUUAUUCUCAAAUUUUAAGAAAUACUACUUACCUUCUAUUUUCCCAAACAUCUGUAAGGAGACCAGCUUGUAUAACCCUAUACUUGAUAUACCACAAAUGAGACCAAAGCCACACUAUGUAAUGAUUAAGAAAGAUGCUGAAACCAAUGAGGCAAUAUAUUGCACAAAGGAACCUUUUAUUAAGGCUCGUGUUAUUGUCAUUCGAUGGUUGGUGUCCUUCUGGCUUGAGCCAAAACCUCAUACAGGACCUCAUAUUCCUGGGAUGGAAGGUGAAAAUGUGCCAAAGAAUAUUCAGAGAGCAGCUGCUAGCAUGGCUUCAAAGGAGGACAGUAAAAAUGACAGUACUGAUAAGCAGGAUAGAAAUGCAGAGCCAGAGCAAUCUCAUUCUAAUACAAGUACUCUAACAGAGAGAGAACCAAGUUCUUCCAGCCUCUGCAGUAUUGAUGAAGAACAUUUAACUGAUAUUGAAAUUGUCCGUAAAGUCUUUUCUUCUAAAAGAAGCAAUGUCAAUUUUCUGACUGAGAUUUUUCGGCAGGCUUUUCUGUUGCCAGUAUGUGAAGCAGCUGCCAUGAGGAAAGUGGUAAAGGUGUAUCAGGAAUGGAUUCAGCAAGAAGACAAGCCUUUAUUUAUGAAAGAACCUGAAGAAAUCAUGCAGUGCACAACUGUAGAUUAUGGUGAAAAUAUUGUUGACCACAAUUCGUCAGAGAAAUCAAAAGAAAGAGAAGAGAAAAAAGGGAUGAACUCCAGUCACAUUAGAAGUUCAAACUGGGCAAGAAAUGGAUGUUAUGAAGAUGCUUUGCAUAAAAUGUCAGAAAUUGAUACUGAAGAGCAAAAUGUACGAGCUGGAGUUCAGUCAGUAUUACAGGUUUUUAUAAUCAAUUCUUCAAAUAUAUUCUUUCUUGAACCUGCAAAUGAAAUGAAAGCUCUACUGGAUGAACACACUGAUAUGUGUAAACGCAUCCUUAAUAUCUACCGACACAUGGUAGUCCAAGUGACUAUGGACAAGAAGACAUGGGAACAGAUGCUACUUGUGCUGCUCAGAGUUACUGAAUCUGUGCUGAAAAUACCACCCCAAACUUUCUUGCAGUAUCAAGGAAGAAAAAACUCCACUUUAGCUGGAAGACUUGCAGGACCUCUUUUCCAGACUCUUAUAGUAGCUUGGAUCAAAGCAAAUCUAAAUGUGUACAUCUCUCGAGAGCUUUGGGAUGACUUGCUGUCUGUAAUGUCAUCAUUGACAUACUGGGAAGAGCUGGCCACUGAGUGGUCACUGACAAUGGAGACACUAACUAAAGUAUUAGCUAGAAACUUGUAUAGCCUGGACCUCAGUGACCUGCCCUUGGAUAAAUUAAGUGAGCAGAAGCAAAAAAAACACAAAGGCAAAGGAGCUGGGCAUGAAUUUCCCAAAUCUUCUGUUGAUAAGUCCUUUUCUAGAGGAUGGAGCCGUGAUCAGCCUGGACAAGCACCGAUGAGACAACGCAGUGCUACAACCACUGGCUCUCCAGGAACAGAAAAGGCAAGGAGCAUAGUACGGCAGAAAACAGUUGACAUUGAUGAUGCUCAAAUUCUUCCACGUCCACCUCGAGUCAGACAUUUUUCACAGAGUGAGGAUGCUCCAAGUGAAGUUUUUGGUGCAUUAAGUGAGGAACAGCCACUGCCACGAAGCAGCAGCACCUCUGACAUCCUGGAACCAUUCGCAGUUGAACGAGCCAAAGGUGCAGUUCCUGUCAUUGACAGUUCAUCCCAUCAUGCUCCAAGCUUACAGAGUUCCACUGAGACCUCUUCAAUGCAUAGAUCCACUGAAAGCCAUAUCACUGACACAAAUAGCAGAGAGUCCUCCUUGGAAGUUGGAGAUAGUAUUUAUGACCAUCUUUGUCAUUUAAUAGAGCCUGUAGAAUUUGCAAACACAGCCUUUGAACAAAGCCAAUAUGUUGACCUUGAAGGUGAAGAUGAUCUCCUUUCCUCUCUGAGAGAAUAUCUUAAAGAAAAAGAAGAACUUUGCGGUAACUUUGAGAUAGAUAAAUGUGAGGCUUCUGCUCACGAAGUUGAUACAUCAGUAAAUAGGAACAAUAGAUUACCACUGGAUGGAUUAGAAAAUAGAGAUUACACCGAUCAAUACACGGAUAGCAUCACUGUUACAGAAAGACCCAAUAACACAGAGCUGCACCUAGAACAGACCCAAAGUGGCUCUAUAAGUAACAUUGCAUCUACUGAAGUAGACAUUGUUACAAGAAGUCAAGCCCUCGAUAAAGCCAGACAGUUAAAUAUUGAUAAAAAAUAUGAAAGCAUAUAUGAUCGUGGGGCAAGUAGUCCUAGCACCAAAGAAGGGAAGAGAUACCUGUACAGGCAAGCAGCCACUGAAGCUGAUGUAGAUUUAGUUGUGGAAGCAGCAGUAGCUGAAAAGCAUAGAAGUGCCCAGUUUAAUGAAAAAAUAACCAACUCACGUGUUAUGCAUGCAAAGAAAAUUUUUCCUAAAGCACAAGUUAACCCUCAAAUGCCUCACAUCACAGGCACAAACAAACUGUCACCAACUAAAAGGAGUAUAUCUGAAACUGUAACUCAUAGAGCUAAAAUAAUGAAAAUAACAAAUAAAAAGAGAAAUAGUGUUCAUGUUACUUUUAGGCCAUCUACAGAAUCCGUUCAAUUUUACAAUCCUCUUGAGAACAAAGAGGCUGCGUGGAAAGCAAGACUUCGUAAACUCAGUGGCUUCAGUAGUAGCGGGAGCGGUAGCAGUAGCAGCAACAGCAGUACCAGUACCAGUGCAAGCACCAGCUCCUCAGGUGCCUCAGAGCUGGUUAGACCUGGAAUAUAUAGACCUCUAGAUGCAAUCAAUGCUGCUUCAGCUGGCAGCAAGCAAGUUAAGGAAUCUACAGAGAGUCAAGCAGCCAUGUUGCAAAAAGAAGGUAUUGCAGUCAAUCAGUUCCAUAAUCGUAGUGCCUUUAGAGCACCAAGUCAGGAGUCGGCACAACAGCAGGGCUCCCUGGGUGGUGUUUAUAAAACUGUUGUACAUGCUCUUUCGAAGCCGAAGGCAAAUGUUUCCCCACAGAGGCAGAACAGAAUGCCAGCAGAGGCUCCACUGAGGGAUCUGUACAGUCAUGUUAUGGGCUAUUUUGGAAGGAAAGCUGCAGUUGUUCAUUUGUUUUUAGCUAAUAGAGAGGACUUGAGUCAAAAGCUGCACCCUAUUGAUAGUGAUAUUGGCAGCAGCAAUGCAAAUGUUCCUGACCUCAUGGAUGAAUUUAUAGCUGAGAGACUCCGCAGUGGUAGUGCACUGAAUAUGACAAGAAGAGGAAGCAGUCCGGGAAGCCUGGAGGUUCCUAAAGACCUCCCCGAUAUAUUGAACAAACAGAACCAAAUGCGUCCUGUAGAUGACCCAGGGGUGCCUUCAGAAUGGACCUCCCCUGCCAGUGCGGGCAGCAGUGACCUCAUCAGUUCCGACAGCCACUCCGACUCUUUCAGCGCCUUCCAGUAUGAUGUUCGCAAGUUUGAAAAUUUCAGCUUUGGCACUGAGGCAGGGAUGCCAGCUUCCACUGACAUUGAUGCAAUUUCAGGACAGCAACAGAGUGCUGAGGAGCAAGAAGUGGCCAGUCUAACUACACUCCACAUAGAUUCAGAAACAAGUAGUCUCAAUCAGCAGCCAUUGUCUGCUGAAGCUGCAACUAUUACUGGCUCUGAAAGUGCUUCUCCAAUCCAAUCUGCUCUUGGAUCCCGAUCACAGACACCCUCUCCUGCUACUCUUCAUGCAGAUCAUAUUGAGCAGAAGGAUCUGCAACUGGAUGAGAAGCUCCACCACUCUGUUUUACAGACGCCAGAUGACCUAGAAACUAGUGAUUUCCCCUCAGAAUGUUGCAGUGUAAUGGCUGGGGGAACACUUACAGGAUGGCAUGCAGAUGUUGCUACUGUGAUGUGGAGGCGAAUGCUAGGAAUUUUGGGAGACGUCAACAGCAUCAUGGACCCAGAGAUUCAUGCCCAGGUUUUUGAUUACCUCUGUGAACUGUGGCAGAAUCUGGCCAAGAUAAGAGACAAUCUCGGUAUUUCAACAGAUAACCUAACUUCACCAUCUCCACCAGUUUUAAUUCCACCACUGAGAAUUCUAACACCAUGGCUAUUCAAGGCAACAAUGCUGACUGAUAAGUACAAACAAGGAAAGCUACAUGCUUAUAAACUCAUUUGCAAGACAAUGAAGCGAAGACAAGAUGUUUCUCCAAACAGAGAUUUUCUAACUCAUUUCUACAAUAUAAUGCACUGUGGACUUCUUCAUGUUGAUCAAGAUAUUGUCAAUACAAUCAUCAAGCACUGCUCUCCUCAGUUCUUUUCACUUGGUCUGCCGGGUGCCACCAUGCUUAUUAUGGAUUUCAUUGUAGCAGCAGGAAGAGUGGCUGCGUCUUCUUUCCUCAAUGCACCAAGAGUUGAAGCACAAGUUCUUUUAGGAUCUCUAGUCUGUUUUCCCAAUUUAUACCAUGAACUACCAGCUCUUCACCCAAACAUCCCUGACAUCGCUGUGUCUCAGUUUUCAGAUGUUAAGGAAGUCAUAAUAAAAACUGUCUUAAGUUCAGCAAGAGAGGAGCCUUCUGGUCCAGCACGAUGUGUUGCCCUUUGCAGCCUUGGUAUUUGGAUCUGUGAGGAGCUAGUUCAUGAAUCACAUCAUCCUCAGAUCAAGGAAGCAUUAAACGUGAUUUGUGUUUCUUUAAAGUUUCCAAAUAAAAUGGUAGCCCAAGUUGCCUGCAGCAUGCUGAACAUGCUGAUACAUUAUGUACAUAGACUUCAAGCAUAUCAAGCUGAUUCACCUGUAAGAAUUAUUCAAAUUUUGAUAGCAACUAUCACCCAUCUGCUACCCAGUACAGAAGCUUCCUCUUAUGAACAGGACAAGAGGUUGGUGGUUUCUUUACUUCUGUGUCUGUUGGAUUGGAUAAUGGCCUUACCAUUAAAGACCUUGCUGCAGCCUCUUCACACCACAGGAGCAGAAAACGAUAAGACUGAAAGAUCUGUUCUUAAUUGUAUAUAUAAGGUUCUACAUGGAUGUGUCUAUGGAUCUCAGUGUUUUAACAACCCUAAAUAUUUUCCUCUAAGCCUUUCUGAUUUGGCAUGUGUGGAUUACAAUCCUUUUAUGCAUUUAGAAAGCUUGAAGGAACCAGAACCCCUGCAUUCUCCAGACUCAGAGAGGUCUUCUAAACUUCAGCCAGUCACUGAAGUGAAAACUCAUAUGCAACAAGGAUUAAUUUCUGUUGCUGCUCGUACUGUGAUAACGCAUCUAGUCAACCACUUAGGCCACUAUCCUAUGAGUGGAGGCCCUGCUAUGUUAACCAGCCAAGUGUGUGAAAAUAACGACAAUCCAUACAGUGAAAGUCUUGAACUUUCUCCUGAACUUUUUGAGAACCCAAACCUUCAGUUCUUUGUGCUAAACAAUACUUCCCUGGUGUCUUGCAUACAAAUCCAAGCAGAAGAUGACAUGCCUGGGGGAGGACUGUCUGCUGGGCUUGCAUCUGCUAACUCAAAUGUUAGAAUUAUAGUGCGUGAUCUGUCUGGCAAAUACUCUUGGGACUCAGCCAUUUUGUAUGGACCAUCAUCUUUAUGUGGAUCUUCACAGCAAACGUCUUUUGCACUUUCAUUAUCUCAACAAGAUAAACCAGAAGAUACUCUUUCAUCUUUUGAGCAUGUGGAGGAUGUAUCUGCAAGGGAUGGGAUUACACUCCAAGUAAACAGGAAGUUUAGAGACACUGUACCAACAUGGGAUACAAUUAGGGAUGAAGAAGAUGCCCUUGAUGAGCUCCUGCAGUAUUUAGGUGUUACAAGCCCUGAAUGCUUACAGAGAACUGGUGUCUCACUCAACAUUCCUGCUCCUCAACCAGUCUGCAUCUCAGAGAAGCAGGAGAAUGAUGUCAUCAAUGCAAUUCUGAAACAGCACACAGAAGAGAGGGAGUUUGUUGAAAAGCAUUUCAAUGAUUUAAAUAUGAGGGCUAUGGAGCAGGAUGAGCCAACCUCGCAAAAGCCCCAGUCAGCAUUUUACUACUGCAGAUUACUUCUCAGUAUACUAGGAAUGAAUUCUUGGGAUAAAAGAAGGAGCUUUCAUCUCCUGAAGAAAAAUGAGAAGUUACUUCGAGAACUCAGAAAUUUGGACUCUAGACAAUGCCGAGAGACACACAAGAUUGCAGUGUUUUAUGUUGCUGAAGGACAAGAAGAUAAACACUCCAUUCUUACGAAUACUGGGGGAAGUCAAGCCUAUGAGGAUUUUGUAGCUGGUCUUGGCUGGGAGGUAAAUCUCACAAACCAUUGUGGCUUUAUGGGAGGACUACAAAAAAACAAAAGCACUGGACUGACCACUCCAUAUUUUGCUACCUCGACAGUAGAAGUAAUGUUCCAUGUGUCAACAAGAAUGCCUUCUGAUUCAGAUGACUCUUUAACAAAAAAGCUAAGACAUCUAGGAAAUGAUGAAGUACACAUUGUCUGGUCAGAGCAUACUCGAGAUUAUAGAAGAGGAAUAAUUCCAACAGAAUUUGGUGAUGUUCUUAUCGUUAUCUAUCCCAUGAAAAACCAUAUGUUCAGUAUCCAGAUCAUGAAAAAGCCUGAGGUCCCAUUUUUUGGUCCACUCUUUGAUGGUGCUAUUGUGAAUGGAAAAAUUCUUCCUAUUAUGGUUCGUGCAACAGCUAUAAAUGCAAGCCGUGCAUUGAAAUCAUUAAUCCCAUUAUACCAAAACUUUUAUGAGGAGAGAGCACGAUACCUUCAAACAAUUGUGCAACAUCAUCUAGAGCCUACAACAUUUGAGGAUUUUGCUGCUCAGGUUUUCUGUCCAGCACCUUACCACCAUUUGCCCUCAGAGACAGGCUUCUGCCCAGAGACUCAGCCGGGAGAAACUCCAGCAGCAGCAACAGCACAGGUGGAUGGAACAGACUUAGCCUCUCCAAUGUCUCCUCGGAGUAGCAAGAGCCGCAUGUCCAUGAAACUGCGCCGCUCCUCGGGCUCAGCCAACAAGUCCUGAGGGGCGAGAUACCUGCAGUUUCCCAGCGAGGGCCUCUGGCCAUCAUUCCCAAGGCCACCCGCCGCCUCCCACCAAAGGACAAUGCCUCUAACCCCUGUGUGCCCGUCUCCUUUUCUGUAUGCUUAUUUUAAACAGUGACACUGGAAUUUUACUUUAGUAUUUUAGCUUUGGGUUUUUUAUCAAACUCCAGGCUGCCUUUUUUCUUUUUGUCUUUUUGCAGUGCAGUUUGCACCUUUUACCUUCCUGGAUGAUUACAGUAUGUUAACAGUAACCGUUUUUAACCCUGGUUGGUCUUGAGUUGUGUAUGGAAUGGGAGACUGCAGUUUGAUCACGCUGUAUUUAUUGUGCGCCACUGCAAUUUGCUCUGUAACAAAGAAAUAUGUACAAUUUGAAAAUGAAUGUACAAUUUAAAAUUGACGUUGCAUUUGUAAAGUCUUUGUCAGAUGUCACAAUGUCAAUGCACAGGAUCUGUACAGAUUAUUUAUGUUAAGAAUAAAAUAGUUCGACGGCCUUUCGAGCAUUACAGAGUCCAAAUGAAAUAACUUGAUCGUAGCACCAACUCUUUCUUCACAAAGCAACGUAUCAUUUCAUUACUCUGCAGGCAAUGCCGUAAUCUAUGCCAGAAAAAAAAAAUCACUGUGCUGAAAUUCUACUUAUGCUUGGCUUCCAAAUAUUUUUUAUAAUGUUUGCUUUCCCAAGUGGUAUCAAUAGUAAAUGCCAUCGAGUUUCAUGGGGUUUAGCCUUUGUCACUGGGCUGCUGAGUCUAAAUGUAUAUUUUCGGGUUUUCCAAUUUUAAAGACAAAAAAAAAAGAGGGGGAAAAAAAAAAGCACUUUCCUGAAAGAAAUUCAUUGCUCUGAGGAUGUGUACUAGGGAAGAAAAGGGAAAACAUGCUCUGGGAGCCUGGCCUGAAAUGCUGACAAUUCCAAACCUCUGCAUGCAGAUUAGUACAUACGUUCCACCCAUCCGGAGGUAUUUUGCUACAGAAGAUGAAAUGCUCACAUUUUGAGUCUAGCGAACGACAAGAUGCUGUUAACAAAAUGUAGCAUGACAUCGGUACUAACUGCAUGUGUAAAUACAUCAUAUGGGCAACAAUAAAAAGGUAAAUUAUGUAUUGACAUUCAUCUAGUAUCUACAAAUUUGUAAUGGUUGAAGAGAAGACAUGCUAUUUAAUAAUACAAUAAAA